AACAAAGUUGAAUAAAGUGAUUGACUGAAACGACUAAAAUAAAAUUAGGUUAUAAAUUCUACGAAAAUUCUUGAGUUUCACAGUGAAAUUGUUUAAUUGGACAUAAAUGGAACGAGUAAAAGUUUUUUCUUAAUUAACGAUUUAUAUCUAUGCUAUAGAAUAUCAAAUCUCACCGCAAAAUUAAUUGGUCACGAGUUAUUUUAUGGAUUAUGAACGUAAAUUGAAACACUAAGUGAUUAUUUAUUUUUAAAAUAUCUUAAAAGAUGAUAUCGCGGUUAUAUGUAUUUAUCAUUAUAUAUUAAAGAAACUAUGUUUACAAAAACAAAGAAAAUUACAUUUAAUAACAAAGCUAAAUCCUGAAGAAAAAUGCUUUGUUUAUGACAGUGUUGCCACUACGCACAAUAACAACAGGGAUUAGAAAAUUGUUGGAUACAAUUGUUUGUUUACCUUAUUUAAGUGUAUCUAGAUAAGAGGAAGUACACAUAUAAAAUGUCCAUUGUCUUUCUUUGACAUUUGGUGUGACAAUAUGGGCAUAUAAUGUGUGGAGUUGUAACUUUGAUGAUAACUAAAUUGUGAGGCUUGUAUGCAUCCUGUUAAUAUGGACAGCUUCCCUACACAGAGCUAUGACUGCAAGAUGGAAACAUUUGAGACGUAUGAUGAAUCCAUAGUCACUGCUACAAAUCAUCAACGUGAUGUUGCACAACCUGUCAACAAUCAAACACCUGUACAGCAGCUGCAGAUGCACAGCCCAGAUGCAUCAAGUCACGACGCAUCAACGUUGCAGCAACAACAGCAGCAGCAGCAGCAACAAGUAGAGCAGACACAGCAGAUCAUGCUUCAAUCAAACACUCAGCAAAACCCGAAUCUAACUCCAGUCCGAUUACCAGCUAUAUUAGAUGGAGAAUUCUUCAUAGUGGUCAGAGUACGAGAUACCAAUGUCUCAGUGCGCUGUUUGCAGUGUCAGAAAGUGUUGAACGGCAAUCUGAAAUCCACUGGCAAUUUUCUUAGUCAUAUAAAGCGGUUACAUCCGUUUCUGAUUGAGAAAAUAAGAUGCAAAUCUAAUCAGAGAAAGCCCGCGAUGAUGUAUAUCGACUCGACGUCAUCUGAUAAAUGCUCGGAUAUAAUGCAAGCAAAACGUAUAGUGGUGCAAAGCAAGAAACGUUGUAAAGCGGAGGAAUCUCCGGCCGAAAUCGAAGAAUCUUACAAUAAUCAAUCCUCAAAUUGGAAUGAUGGAUCAUUGACGCAACGACAAUCUGAAGAACCGGAGUCCACAGAUCUGCCUUUGAAGAUACCGCAUAACAAUCCAUUGGUGAUAGAAGACGAAUUUGACGCGAUCGGCCGUAACGUCGCUGCCAAGCUCAGGAACAUGAAGAUGGACCAAAGAAUAAUCGCCGAAAAAUUGCUGAAUGACAUUUUAUUCGAAGCUCAGCUCGGCAAUCUUCACAGAGAUUCGAGUAUUCACGUGUGAAAAAAUAAUGUACAAAUGGCCGAUACAUAUAUCUUCUAAGGAAUCGCGAACGAACGAUCUCUGUGUCCCGCCCGAUUCAGCGGAAAGUCGCAAGCGAUGUGAUCAAUAGAUUUAUCUGUAAGCUAUACAACGUAUGCUUGUGUGUGCAUGAAAAUAGUGCGUUCAAUGAUGAAUAGCUAUUUUUUUUGGAAUACUAAAGGAUUGUGAUUUAAUUUUAUUGAAAGACAUUUUUAUAUCUUGUAAUAUAUCUUGUAUAUCUUGUAACAUAUAUUCGCCGCACAGUCGUCUAGAGAAUUAUCUCUAAAUUUUUGGACAAUGGAGAGAAAUUUAUGUAAUUUUAUGUAUCUUGUUUUUAUAUAUUAUGUAAAUUUAUGUAUCAAGUAAUUUUAGAUAUAUAUAUAUUUAGAUAUAUAUAUAUAAGCGUACACAUAGGGCCACUCUUUUUAUAAAUAAUAUGCAAAUGUAUAUGUGUAUAUAUUUAUAACUUGUAAAUAUAUUCGCAAUUCGUAAAGCAUAUUGUUAAAAAGUGGAACAUGCUGCCUAAAAUAGGUGCAAAAGAUUUUUGACACUUUUGCAUUGAGAUCUAUUUUAAAGAUCAGAAGACAAUCGAAGAAAUUUUUCUAGAUAAAAAAUGCAUUGGCAAUAUUUUGAUUAAAAUUCAUUCGAAACCGUGCGCAAUUGUAUGUAACAAAAAUGACAAUCUUUUGCACCAGUCUAACAAUGACUAUGUCUAAAAGUCUUUUUUACAUGAAUUAUACGUUCUACAAUUAGCAUAAGACUGCAGUCAAUUGUAACGCGUAUAGCAAUUGUUCAUAAAUAUAUAUUAAUAUAUAUAUUUAAUAUAAAUAAUAUAUAUUUAAUAUAUAUAUAUAUUUAAUAUAUAUAUAUAAUAUAAUAUAUUUUUAGGAGGGUGAAAUAGUCGUCGAAACAUCUGAACACAAGAAGUUUGGGCUUUUGCUAAGUCAGAGAAUAAUAUCUAUAGAAUCUAAAUAAAAUACGACGUAAUGUUCAAUGCA